UGCUCGAUACUCUUAUAUACAGUAGUAGAUAAUACGCAUAUAUACAGUAAUCUGUCCGCGCAAAGUUCGGUUUUAACCGAUUAUACACAUGUUGGCUGCUAUUAGUGACGUUAACAUUACACAGUAAAUAAUUCCAAAUAAAAAAAGUCAAGUAGUACAAAAAAACGUUUAAUAAAAACGCAAGAACGUCGUGAUGAAAAAUAUAUUUUAAUGGAAGGAAUAAUCCUAUUUUGCGAGGAUGGAGUGUAGGACAAAUUUAAAGAGCACUCUUUUUAUAAUUUUUAUACAUAUAACUGUAUUAAAUUGUACUCAUUUAUCGAGAACGUAUUUGAAAGAUGUGUCGACUAGCAAUGGUGAAAUUGUACCACGAAUUAGCUGGUUAUUUAGUAAUUCUGUUGACACUCCCGUUAGGGUUAAGAGAGGAGUUAUAGACACUUUACCCGAAGACAGUUUAUUAAAGUCUAUGAAUUCUAAGUGUCGAAACAAUUUACUUCAUCUCUGUAAUCAUGUAGGUGGAAACAGUGAUGAAUUGAUGUUGUUAGAAUGUAUUCAGAACUUUAAGCCAACUGAAGUAUCCGGCAUUGAUGAUGAAUGUCGUCAAGCCAUUUUUUCUUACAUCUUAAAUAUUACCAAUAAUUAUAACAUAGAACGUUUAGCUAAAAAAACUUGUGGUAAAGAGUUAGAUCUGACAGACUGUUCUGCUUCUGAUAAGAAACAUGGUGCAUAUUUAUCAUGUUUAAUUGAUCAAAGAGAGAAAGUAAAAAAUCCAGAAUGUAUUGCUUACAUUCAACGAUUAGAAUGGAUAGCAUUUAAUGAUUUCAGAAUUACAACAUUUUCUUCGGACUGUGCAGACGAUGUUAAAAAGUUUAAGUGCGAUAAAGUACAACCUUACAGAGACAUAUCACAGGGACAAAUAUUGGCUUGUCUGCAAGAACAUAUUAAUGAACUUCAACAUGAUUGUCAAAGACACAUAUUUCAUGUAUCUGAAAUACAAGCUGAAAAUAUAAAUUUAGAUCGACAGCUAUACAUAGCUUGUGAACAAGAUCGUACUAAAUUUUGUCCAGGCAUCAGACCUGGUAGUGGUCAAGUAUAUAAAUGUUUAAUGCAACAUAAAACGGAUAGAGCUAUGACAGCUAUGUGCCAAGAGCAACUUACAAGAAGAGGAAAAUUAAUAGCAUCUGACUAUAGAGUUAGUAAAGGAUUAGUCAAAGCUUGCAAAGAUGACAUUAAAAUUAAUCAUUGUAGGAGACCUCCACCUGAAGAUAAAAAUAUAUUUGGAAAUGAUGAUAAAAAUAAAAGACCUGCAAAUGAAGAUAAAAAUAUAAGACUCGCACGUAUUCUGCUUUGUUUAGAAUCAGCCGUAAAAAAUGGAAGUAAAAUUGAUAGAGACUGUCAAGCUGAAAUGUUUGAUCACAGGAAACUUCUAAUGGAAGAUUAUAGAUUAUCUCCUGAAAUAGUUGAUGGAUGUGUUAAUGAUAUUACAACAUUCUGUAAUAGCCUUGAAAUUGGUGGUGCAACAAUUCACUGUUUAAUGGAACACACUAGAACUAAGAAAAGGAAAUCAAGAGUAUCUAGCAGAUGUCAAAGAGCGUUAGAAGACUUAAUUAUGGAUGCGGAUGCAGGAGAAGAUUGGAGAAUUGAUCCUGUAUUACGAGAACAAUGUCAACCUGUUGUUAAUUUAGCUUGCAGAGAUGUACGUGGAGGAGAUGCCACAGUUAUAUCUUGUUUAAUGGAUCAACUUGGUACAGAUAGAAUGACAGAAGCUUGCGAAACUGCGUUAGUUCAAAUACAGUAUUUUGUAGCUAGAGAUUUUAAAUUGGACCCUCAAUUGUACAGAGCAUGUAAAUUUGAUGCAAUACGAUUGUGUCAUGCAAGAAACGCAUGGGCAAGUGAUGGAAAGCAAAUGCAUCCAGAAGAGGGACCUCUUGUUUUACCAUGUUUAUACAGACAUGCAUAUCAUCCUCAAAAAAAUAUGACUUUAAGAACGGAGUGUCUUGAAGAAAUUAGACGCGUUAUGAGACAAAGAGCAGUAAAUGUUGAUUUGCAACCUGAGAUUGAAGAAGUAUGUCUUAAUGAAUUAGCAUCAUUUUGCUAUGACAAAACAGCGAAAGGAGAAGAAAUACUGUGCCUUCAAGACAAUUUAGAUCGUUUGAACAAAAAUUGCAAAUUAGCAGUGGGCAAUUUUACAGAAGAACAAGCCGAACGCGUUGAAUUAAAUCCUAUCAUUUCGGCCACGUGUCAACAUAUCAUGGAGCGUCAUUGUGAGGAAGUAUUAAAGUAUGGUAAAGACGAAGGAGACAUGAUGGAAUGUUUAAUAGAACAUAAAAAUGAUCUAGAUGUACGGUCUGAUUACAAAUGUAAAGCAGCAGUGGAACAUUUUCAAUUAAUAUCAUUAAAAAAUUACCAUUUUACUUAUAAAUUUAAAGAAGCUUGUAGACCAUCCGUCAAAAGAUGGUGUCCAAAGUCUAAAACCAAAGCAGAUGUGAUAGAGUGUUUGAGUGCAAUUGUACAAGAAGAUAUAAUGAAAGAUACCCAGCAUCAUAUACCAAAAGAAUGUAGACAACAGUUGAAAGCACAACUUUAUCAACAAAGAGAAAACAUUCAGUUUGAUCCUAUCUUACAAGCACAGUGUACAACUGAUAUUAAACAGUAUUGUUAUAACGUUGAACCAGGAAAUUCACAGAUUUUGGAAUGUUUAGCAGCACAUAAAUCAAAGUUAUCUGAUGCGUGUCAUAAACAGUUAUUUAAAGUAAGGAAACAAGAAUUUCAAGACAGUUCAAGUGACUUUGCUUUAUUAAAUACAUGUCGAGUUAUGGUAAGACAAUUCUGUCACGAUGUUAGUCGUUCUCAAGCAUUGGAUUGUCUCAAAAAGUAUAAAGAUGAUCCAACAUUUGAUGAUAAAUGCAAAAAUAUUGUUAUUCGAAGAAUGAUUGAACAAAAUACCGAUUAUAGAUUUAAUAGUGCAUUGCAAACAGCAUGCUCCUAUGAUAUUAAUAAGCAUUGUAAGGAGGUUUUAUUGCAUCAACCUACCGAUAAAGAACUUGAAGGAAAAGUAAUAAGAUGUUUAAAGAUUAAAUUUCGAGAGUCAAAACUCACAAUAAAAUGCGAACAUCAAAUGACUAAUAUACUUAGAGAAGCAGCUUUAAAUUAUCAUCUAAAUCCGUUACUGGCUACAAUGUGUGCGCAUGAGAUUGAAACAAUUUGUAGAGCAGAUGAGAAUGAUCCUGGAGCAGUAGAAGAGUGUUUAAAAAUGGAAUUUAAUGCUGGUAAUAGAGAUAUGAAAGAAGAAUGCCGUCUUGAAAUUGCAGAUUUAAUAGAACAAGCAAGAGCAGAUAUCAAUGUAGAUCCUUUAUUACAAAAAGCAUGUGCUGUUGAUGUUAGUAAAUACUGUAGCGAUGUUCCGCAGGGUGCAGGAAGACAUAUCAUGUGCCUGCAAAAUGUAUUAGAAGAUAGUAACAAAUCUUUACAACCGGAUUGCUAUAAAAUGUUAACCACAAGAAUUGAUAUGUUCAGAAACGCGGCCAAGUUAAUUGCGCCAAAUUCGAUACAAGAACUUUAUUCAACUGUAAACCGAUCUCCUGCAAGACGAUACUUCAUGAUCGUCGCGCUAACAAUGAUUGGUAUAAUUUUCAUCAUCGGUUUAUUCUGUGGCAGAGUGACAAGACGGACAAUGAUCAUGAAAAAUAAGUGAUAAAUUAAUGUGAGAACAGUCCGUCCUCAGUAAUUUUCGAUCAUCGUAAAUAAAGAAAAAAAAAGAAAAUCAGCAUGUAAAAUAAACAUCGAAAGCAAGGAACACACAAGAUUAAAAUGUUGACCUUCCUACAAACAUCAAAUUAUGCAGAAAUAAAACAAAAAAAAUAACAUUUUAUAUUUUUUUUUAUCGUAUAUAAACUUAUAAAAAAAAUAAUAUUUACAUAUUACAUGUCCAUGAUUCUACGAUUUAUUAUUGAAACGUACUAUCAUAAAUGUAAAAACUGUAAAAGUUGAAUGAAUGGAAUGUAUGAUAAACUGGAAGUGAUCUGCAGUUAAGAUGGAUUUUAAUAAAGAAAAAUAUAUAUAUA